AUGGGCAUCGUCGACGACAGUAGUAGCAAGACACUAUGGGGAAGCAUGACUCUUGGUUCUUCACGUUACGCACUUAACGGCAAAAUCAUGCUCGCUUCCGUUAUCAUCCUCUUCGUCGCCGUUAUCCUCAUCCUCUGUUUCCACAGCUACGCCAGAUGGCUAUUCCAACGUCAAAACCGCCGUAUUCGCCGCCGUAUCACUGCUCAUCUCCGAUCUCUAUCCGCCGCCCAAUCCUCCUCCUCCUUGUCUCCUCUCGAUCCGACGGUGCUCGAGAAGAUCCCUAUCUUCGUCUACUCCUUUAAAACGCACAAUUCUCCGCCUGAGGAGUGCUCCGUUUGCUUGUCGGAGUUUGAAGAAGAAGACGAAGGACGUGUCCUUCCCAAAUGCGGCCACGUGUUCCACGUUGAAUGUAUAGACACGUGGUUUCGGUCGAGAUCUAGCUGUCCGCUUUGUAGAGCUCCGGUUCAACCUGAGCAGUUAAUAACCGAAUCCGGUUUGAGGAAUUCAGAACCGGUUGCAUCGGUUAAGCCAAUUGAGGAUACCGAAGCCGGAAGCUCGUCUUCAUCGGACGAAUCCGAUUCCUCGACGCCGUCUUCGUCGUCUGGUUCGCCGUUGAGGUUCCCGAUGGAAGCUUGCGAGAGGGAACCGAUUGAUUUAGUCGGUAUACUUGUUGAGAUACCUAGACGCUUCUAAUUCGGGUUUACCCGGAGACGACGGAUCUAAUAACCGGGUUUUAAUGUGGAGUAUUUGAUUACAGAUAUAUGAAACCGGGUGGAUAAGAGAUCGAGUCGUAAUCCGGAUUCUUAACGAUCGGAUAACCGACCCGGAAAGAGGGGAAACGGGCAAAUUUGAAUUAGUGGCCUACGUAAAGACACGUGGCGGUUUUGCCUAUCCACGCGACAAUCUUGUCCACGUGUAACGGGGCUACUCGGUCAAUGUAUAUACCAGACGGUGUCGUUUAAGUAGAAGCAAGGCAAUUGCUAAGCGAAGCUCUCCCGCCAAAACGAUUCUCUUUGUUCCUUCGUAAUCUGUUAAGGUGGUUGGUUAAACGAGAUUUAUCUUAUAUUUGUAAAUUUUUUUAAAAAAAAUUGUUCAUUAUUAACCAAAUAUUAGCCUUAAUUGCUUGUAUUGAUUUGUAAACCUUGUAUUUAAUUAUUUAUUUUACCGUUUUUGUUCAUAUGUUGUUUCCAUUGUACAAACUAUCAUGUAAUUUGUGUGCUAAUGCAUUUACAUCGUACACCAUUCAAGUCAUUGCUG